AUGUUUCUCUACAACCUGAUGUUGCAGUGUGCUACUGGCAUUAGCUAUGCUAUCCAUGGCAAUUUCUCAGGAACCAAACAACAAGAAAUUGUUGUUUCCCGUGGCAAGAUCCUGGAGUUAUUGCGCCCUGAUCCUAACACAGGGAAGGUUCACACCCUGAUAACUGUGGAAAUGUUUGGAGUCAUUUGCUCCCUCAUGGCCUUCAGGCUGACAGGUGGCACCAAAGACUAUAUCGUUGUAGGCAGUGAUUCGGGGUUGAUUGUUAUUCUGGAGUACCAGCCCUCAAAGAACGUGUUUGAGAAGAUUCAUCAGGAAACCUUUGGCAAGAGUGGAUGUCGCAGAAUCGUUCCAGGCCAGUAUUUGGCUGUAGACCCAAAGGGCCGUGCAGUCAUGAUCAGUGCUAUUGAAAAGCAGAAGUUGGUGUAUAUCUUGAACAGAGAUGCUGCUGCUCGUCUCACCAUUUCCUCCCCGCUGGAAGCCCACAAGGCAAAUACCUUGGUCUAUCAUGUGGUGGGAGUUGAUGUGGGAUUUGAAAACCCAAUGUUUGCUUGUCUGGAAAUGGAUUAUUAG